UUGCAUGGUAAAGUUUCUUUGUGUUAGCAGUUAAAUAUUUAAUGCUUAUCGGCUGACUGUAAUGUUCUUAUAUUUGGCGGGAGGGAAAUAUGCGAUCAAAUUUGUCAUAGUGAUGAGGUGUUGAUAUAUAUGAUCCGGAGCAAAACGAAGAAAAUUGUGGAUGAAAAAAACAUUCAUAGAAAACUCAGGAUGAAAUUAUCGAAAACAAAUGAAGAUUCGUGGAAAAAAAGUCGAUCAUGGAUGUUUAUGAACUAUUGUCUGGGUGCUUUUUUAUUUGGUUUAUCCCUGACAGCUUACUACCCAACGGAAUACUACUAUUUCAAGGAUACUAUGAAAGUUAAAGAACCAGAUUUAUUUUAUGGUCUAUCCUGGGCUUUCUUGUGUGGCUCUGGUGUAAUAACAUCUUUACUUGGAAGCUAUUAUGCUGACUCGACAAAAAAUGUUCGAGAAGUUUGCUUGGUCACAAAUGUCGUGAAUAUUGUCGGUAACAUAUUAUAUGUGCUUUAUUAUUCGCCAUAUUUGGUAUUACUCGGUCAAUUAUUAGUCGGUACUGCUGCCGCUAGAAUGGUCGCUGCUGUCGGUGAAAUUUCUCGAGUGUAUGAAACAAACGAUUUAACGCAAAAUUUAUCGUUUCUCGGUAUAUUUUCUACUAUUGGUUCGGUAACAGGUCCAUGUACGACGUACCUGUUUGCUUUGGUAGAUACAGAUAUAGGAGCAUGGAAACUAAAUAUCGGAAAUAUGGUAGGCAUUACCAUGGCGAUACUGUAUUUUCUUCAACUCGUGUUGAAUUAUUUCACACUUGAGAAUGUAUCUAAACAGUAUAAUUUGAAAGAACAUGAAAGUGAAACUAUACUUCUGGAAAAUAUGGAAAACGAAAGAGAAGAGGAAGAAGAAGAAGAAGUUGGCGAAUCAGACAAAAAAGAAGAAGAGCAGGAAUCGUUCUAUAAAAAAUACAUCAAAGCAAUCAAAGUUCUCUUACAGAGCAACCACAUUUUGUUUUUGUACUCCCUUUGCUUCUUCGCCUCGUUUGCCCGUGCAACAAUCACCUUACUCCAGCCAAUCAAAGCCGUUAAAUAUUUAUCAUGGAAACAGACACACCUGGCAACGUUUAAUAUAAUUUCAACUGUAAGUGGUGCAAUUCCAACUGCCGUCAUCUUGACCCUUAUCUCAAAACGAGUAAACGAUUUUUAUCUGUUACUCUUUACGUUAUUGACUCUGUUAUUAGCACUAGGGGUAUUUGGGUUUUUACCAUGGUUAGCUAGUAAUCAAGUCCUAGCCUACGUCGUUACAUAUUCAAAUGGCAUCCUGACGCUGGCAUCUACAGCUGGCUUCCAUAUUAUAUCAAGAUCGAUGUUGGCUAAAUUUGUUCCCGAUAAUAUACAAACUGUCACAGAAGCGAUUCGCAAUGCAUUGUUUGAAUUAUCGUAUAUGGUUGCUGGGCUAUCUGUUAAGUUGCCAUCUUCAUAUUUUCCCGAAGCGAUGAUAUGCAUGGCUGUUUUAAUAUUUUUAGCGAUAAUGUGGUUGUUAUUUGAUCACAAAAAAUAUAAAGAAGUAAAAAUUAUAAGUUUAAAUUAAAA